AUGAACUCAGCGCUGGCUCGUCCCUCGGGGGACAAGAGCAAGACAACCCCCACGAUUCAGCUGCCUACGCAUCCUUCUCAUCUCCACCCGCCGCCGCCCUCGCGCAAUGGCCAAGUCAUCCUGGACACCUUCUCGCCCGUCAACGAGCACGGCAGCUUCGCCUUUGACCGCGUCCUCAAGACCGGAAGGGUCUUCCGCCGGGUCAAGCACAAGCACGUCUUCCGCGCCUCGUGGAAAUCCGCCUACCUCGUCCUCCGCCCGAACCUGCUCUCCGUCUACAAGGAUGAGGAGACUACCCGUCUCCGCGUCUCCAUCACCCUCUCCGACGUCACGGCCGUCGCCCCCGUGAAGACCCCUCGCUCCAGUCGCAAGCACGUCUUUGGGAUCUUCACUCCGUCCAAGAACUACCGUUUUGAAGCCCCCUCCGAGCGUGAUGCUGAGGAUUGGAUCGACCGGAUCCGCGCCGAAUCCCCCGCCGACGAAGAUGAGCAGGCCUUCCUAGCUCUGUCCCGGAAGCGCGAAACCCCAACUAUUCAGAGACAAUUCGUCGACGAUACAACCGACCAUUCCGACUGCGAUGUCAUUGAGCGUGUCAGUUCGCCCGAGCUCGGUCGCGCUCUCUCGCCGGUCGUAGGCUCCCGGGCCCGGAAACCCCCUAUCACCCAGGACUACUCCGGCAAUGAGGUCACCUCCUAUUCCGAACUCUCAGACGGACCACCGCCAACGCGCAGUAGCCGAUUGCGAUCCAUGCCUUCCAUUCACACCCUGUCCAUGUCCGCUCCGGAGGACAGACCCGUCGCUUCAUCCCUGCCGCGGGAUACGAGCCGGCAGUCCGAACUGGGCAUUCUGCGGGACCCGGAACGGGUCGUUUGUCAAGGAUACUUGCAGGGAUUACGCAUUAAGGGUACCGUGCGACAAUGGAAACGCCUCUGGGUGGUCCUUCGGCCCAAGACUCUGGCGUUUUAUAAGGACGAUCAAGAAUACUCGGCGCUCAAGAUCAUAUCGAUGUCUCAGGUCAUUGAUGCCGCCGAGGUCGAUCCCAUGUCCCGGUCCAAAAGGUUCUGUCUGCAGCUGAUCGCUGUGGAAAAAACAUAUCGACUCUGCGCUCCAGACGAAGAAUCGCUCGCCCGUUGGCUAGGCGCCUUGAAGAGUAUCUUUGUUGCCCGGAAAAAACUUGAAACUACGCCCGCCGUCGCGACAUAG